AUGAGCGCCAUUCUAUCGGCCGACGACCUCAACGACUUCAUCUCACCCGGCGUCGCAUGCAUCAAGCCUGUUGAAACACUCGCACCAAGCGCAGACAACUCCAAUCCUUACGAAGUCACCACUGAAGACAAGGUGCAGGCCUCGAAUCCUGCCCCGGCCUCCAUCUCUCUCACCGAUUGUCUCGCUUGCUCCGGCUGCGUUACUUCAGCGGAAGCCGUUCUCGUGUCAUUACAGUCACACACCGAAGUCCUAAACACUCUCGAUUCAUAUCCGCCACUGGACGUGCGGCGGCGUCUGGGUGAUCUACAGAAUGGGCUGACCAACGGAGCACUCUCGCAGUCAUCAACACCACAGGAUGCGAAGAUAUUUGUUGCCAGCGUAAGCCCGCAGGUCCGGGCGAGUCUCGCAGCGACAUAUGGAAUUUCCGAGAGAAAAGCUGGGUUCAUGAUCGAACAGUUCCUGAGUGGUUCACAAGGGCUGCGGAUAGGCGGCCAGCAUAACGGCGGCUUCUCCUAUGUGGUCGAUACCAAUCAGAUGCGCGAGGCAUGUCUCGUGCUUGGAGCGGAAGAGGUGGCAGAGUCCCUGGCGAGCAAGUCCAAGCCCCAACCCAUCCUCACCUCUGCCUGUCCAGGCUGGAUCUGCUACGCGGAGAAGACACAUCCCCAUAUUCUCCCACAUCUGUCCGCUCUGAAGUCUCCGCAGGCCAUGUCCGGAACACUGUUGAAAUCGGUCCUCAGCAAGACAUUGAACAUCCACCCCUCACAGAUCUGGCAUCUGGCUAUCAUGCCUUGCUUUGACAAGAAGCUCGAGGCCAGCAGAGAAGAAUUAACAGAUCGGUGGUGGCGGUCGGCCGAUCAGGAUCCAGCGAACUCCAACACGUCGCCCGUACGUGACGUCGACUGUGUCAUCACAUCCCGAGAACUCCUUACGCUGGCCUCGGUCCGAGGAGUCCAGCUCUCCAGCCUCCCACUCAAACCUCUCUCACGCUCCGACCGCACACCCUUUCCCGACUCAAGCAUAUCCGAGUUCCUCUUCCCCAUCUCCUCACAACACAAGGCCACACAACUUUCUCUACCCUCAAACCCCGCGGUAGAAACAGCAGCCGGCACGUCAGGGGGCUAUCUGUACCACAUUCUGGCGACCGAGCAAGCUAAGCACCCGGGCAGCACGAUCAGCGUGCAACGCGGCCGCAACGCCGACGUCAUUGAAUACAGCCUCCUCCCGGCAUCAACACCACCCUCACUCUCUACGAAACCCAUCAUGAAAUGCGCCCGCUAUUACGGCUUCCGCAACAUCCAAAAUCUAGUGCGCAAGCUCAAGCCGGCACGUCAAUCGAAACUCCCCGGCGCGGCUCGGCGCACCGCGACGGCCAACGGCAUCGGUGCAGGUGGGAGCGAGUACGCGUACGUCGAGGUCAUGGCGUGUCCCGGCGGCUGCACGAACGGGGGCGGGCAGAUCAAAGUCGAAGACGUGGUUGACACUCUACCGGUCACACGAGGCGAAGCGGUGACAGUCGUGAACGGGACGGCAACUCCGCAGGGCCAGAAGGAGUGGUUGCGGAGGGUUGACGAGGCGUAUUUCUCGGCAGAUUCAGACGAGGACCACGACGAAGGAGAAAACGGGUACAAUAACCACGAGAACGGCGAUGUGCCCAUGACGAACGGGCAUGCAGAUCCAUCAUCGAAGCACUCUCCGACCGUCAUCAACAACAUCAAUGUAACGAGAGUCCAAGACCUCCUUGCGCAUUGGCCCGCCAUCGUGCAGGUGCCGCUGCAGACCCUGGCGUACACGAGCUACCGCUACGUGGACAGCGAUGUCGGCAAGGCCAGUAAAGCCAAGGUCAAGACGCUCAAUGACACGGAGAGGAUCGCGCAGAUUGCGGGUCUGAGCGGCGGCGGUUGGUGA